AUGUUCAGCUUUGUCUGGGUUGCGACUCGAUCCCGUGUUUAUGACCCGAAGAUUGUGUCGUCCAGGGAGGGCUCCGAGUUCCUGGCGUCGGAGCUGUCGAUACUUGCGGCAUCGCAGCAGGAUGUGCGAUACCGUUUGUCGUCCUUCCCGGCACGGGCAGUUGGCGCUGGUGAUGCCUGGCACUCUUCGGUUGAAGAGGAAAUCCUGGAGUCCGAUCUUUUCCGUGCGCAUCUGGACUAG